UUUUAUGACAAUGUGGCAACAUUGCCAGUCACAGUUUUGACGUUUGUGUAUGUGUGUAAACAUUCCAGUAUGUUUUAAACCCAAUAAGAAAUUAUUUUUGUUAAAAUGUCCGACUCCACGAAUGAAACAAAACAAACGGACGAAGCAGAGGAGGCUAAUAAUGUAGGGGAUACAGAGACUGAUUGUAAUGAAAAUGUCUCUGCCCCAGAUUCAAUUCAGAGUCAGCCUCUGGAUUGUAACAAUGGGGAAUGUGAUCGACCUGAAACUGUAUUAAAGGGGGAACACCAGACUGAAAUUUAUGAUAAGCUGAAUGAAACAAUAACGUAUCAUCAGAAGAUUUUAGAACAAAAUACCCAGAGCAUUAAACAGCUGGAAGAUAAAUGUAGUCAACUGGAAUCUAUAAAACAUGAACUAGAAGUCAAAUUAGAAAAUGCAGUAAAACUAAGGGACAGUGCCACUAAAGAAAAGGAGAGCAUGGUGAUAAGGUAUGCUGUCAGUGAAAAGAAUAUUAUCAAAGAGAAGCAACUUAAGGAGGCCUCAGAGAAAAAACUGAAGGAGAUUAUCAGAGAAAAUGAAAUAUUGCAGCACAAAGUGCAAACAAUGGUGUCUGAAAAAAACAGAAUUUGCCAAAUGUUGGAUAACAAGUGUUAUGAACAUAAAACAGCACAACAAGAGUUGGAACGAACUAAAGCUGACUUAACAGCUCUUGAAACAAAGCUGAAAUGGUCCCAAAACAGCUUGAAAACUGAAAUUGAGGCCCACAAAGACUGUCAGCAAAAGCUAGAACAAGCAAAUGCCAAACUGCAGGAUGUAGAUGAUCAAAUUGAGACUGCCAAAAGAGAAGCAGAGAAUUCAAUAAAGGCCUUCCAUACUUCACAGGAAAAUAGGGCUUAUGCCUUAGAUCAACAAGUCAAAGAGCAGCAGGCCCAACUAAUAUUAUUAAAACAUGAGAGGAGCGACAGGGAACAACAGAUAAAAACCCUACAAACUGAGCUGGAACGCCUGCAAACCAAACAAAAGGAGAUGCUCCAGGAAAACAACGACUUGUCACUGAAGGUGCAACACUUGGAGAAGGAAAGACUGGACUACGAACAAAAGCUGAGCGAGCUGCGAGGGUGCGCCGACCAGCAGCGCCAAGACGUCGCCGACCUCCAGGCCAAAUCCGUGCAACUUGAACAGCUCAAGCUGCAGCUCAAACACGAACAAGACCAACUGUCGGCCUGCAACGAGCAAAUGUCGUUGCUGAAGCAGCGGAAUUCGGAGCUGGAGAGCGACAUGGAGUCGUGUCACGUGCGUGAGGCGGAACUGCUGCUUUUCACCCAACAACUGACGGACAAGAACGUGCGCCUUCAGUCGGAGUUCACGGCGAUGGAGACGAAGGUGCAGCAGCUGACCUGCGAGCAGACGUUGCUGAAGAGGCAGAUCAAGGAGCAGGAGACCAAGGCGGGGAUGCUGUCGGCCAAACUGUCGGAAGAGAGGGUCAAGUUUGCGGAGGAGAACGAAGCGUUGACGAGGGAUUUGGCGGAGCAGACGAAGAACUGCGAGGCCUACAAGCAGGAGGCCAUUGACCAGAAGGGCGAGAAUUCUGUGCUCAAGAGGAAGUUUGAAUUGUCCUUUAGGGAAGUUAACAAGGAGCUACAGCAGUGUAGGAAGAAGCUGGAACAGUUUGAAAACAUUGGAUCAUCAACCAGCAAUAGCAGCUCCAAUACAUCACUGAAUACGACUGAAAAAUUGAACGAAUCUCCACAGCAAAUUGAGCAAGUCAAGGUGAUCCAACCAGACGCAGUUUUGGACAGACAAACCCUCAUAGAACAUAUUGUUAAGUUGCAAAGGAUAAGUGCCAAGAAAUCAGAAAAGCUGGACUUUUUGGAGGAGCACGUGAACACGUUAGUUUCCGAAUUACAAAAGAAAACUAAACUGUUACAAACCUACAUCCUUAGAGAACAAUCAGGCACAUUAACCAGCAACUCAAUGGAUUCCAAUAAGGCGAAGUUAGCGAAAUUAAACGGCGUUAUGGCUUCUAUGUAUAGUUCUCGCAUUGUUGAUGAGAGUUUAACACUUGAACUGUCUUUGGACAUCAACAAAAAGCUGCAGGCUGUACUAGAAGAUGCACUGUUAAAAAAUAUUACUUUAAAGGAAAACGUUGACACAUUGGGAUCUGAAAUAGAUAGGCUAAAUAAAUUGUUGAAGACUUGAUGUUAUUGUCUAUACUGUGUCAUUGUUAAGUAUUAAAUUAUUGUGCUUGUAUUAUAUAAUAUGAUGUAUAGUUUGAUCUCAUUAUCUUUAUCCUGUAUGUAUGUACUUAAAAAUAAAUAAAUGCCUGUUAUAUUAAGACUUGACAUUAAAA